UUGGAAGUAUCGUUAUUUUACUUGUCGUCUGCGUGCCCUGCUAUAGUAUAGCGUUGAUGAAUGUGGUGGAUGACCGGAUGGCAUGAAGCAAGUAGCAAUCAAUAAUGUGACCGUGGCAUUGUGCUCAGGCAGAGUGGUUUGUCAUAACUUUGCUUGGCACUUUAAAGUUUAUGUUGGCUUAGCAGUACACGACCGCAUACUGUAUACUGUAGAUGCACGCACAAACCACUUACACAAUGUAAUCAUACGCCGUCAGAGUCGGACAGGGAGGCGCUAGGCAGCGGUCAGUUACCUGCAGUCUACAGUAUCGGGAAAGCGUAUUGGUUGGUUGGUUGGUUGGUUGGUUGGCUAGAAUUGGAUUCAUGAAAGAGCAGAGCUCGCUGCUCUACUUCUGCAGGUGACAAAACUUCGGAUGGUUGACUUGGUCGAGACGCGGUAGAAACUCCCGCGGGGCUUUCGUUCGGAGACGGUGCUGGCCGAGUGAGUGUGGGAGCUGUAACGCGAUUCCGACCUGUCUGCUAUACCGCCUUUGGCGCGUUUUCCGCUUUCGCGCUGUUGUUGCAGACGGGCGUGCUAGGCCGGCGGAGGUUCUGCAUGUCAACUUGUUGCCCGCACUUCAGCGCAGCGAGGUUGAACCGACUUGUUGGACACGUCUAGAGAAUAGAGCCCUGCCAGAACCGCAAGAGACAAUGAUUGGGGCUCGACCUCUUCGAUGGCAGUUCGCCUUUCUUGGAGUAUUGCUGCUUGCUGGACAGGCUUGGUCGCUAGCUCCGCGAAACGACAACCAAGGCGAAGAUCAUGUGAAGAACACAGCCCAUUCCAAUUGUACAGCACGUGUAUUACAUGUGAAGAUGGCACACAUUCACCGGCCGAGGAUGAGUAUCAUCGUUUCCCCACACCAACACACCGCAUGGCUACCCAGUCAUGGAGUGCUGCUAGUGCGCCCGGCCACUCGCGCGUCAGUGUUCUGUAGCGUUGUGUCUGGGCACGGCUACAGCUUGAUCGCCACCCUGGACGGGACACCACAGAACUGCAGCCAUUCAGCACCGGCCGAGAUACUCGAGAGCUGCAAUUGCACCCUGGGAGGCUGCAGCGAUCCAGCGAAUGACACGCUGCCAACCAGAAGGGUCCUGUGUUCGGUACCGGUCCGCAUAGGCACGUUGCAGUGCUCCGUGGACUAUGGCAAGGCCACGGCUAGUGUUACUGUCAUCAGCAUGUUGCCGUACAGUGUUCCAGAAGGAGUUUGGAGAAUGUCACGGACGCAGAGGGAUACCAUGGAUGCUAUGGACACUGCACAGGUUUUUGCCGUGAAGAACGCUCCACUGGUACUCAGAGCCAAGUUCUACGUCCAACCAGGACGCAUGUACGGCAUUGAAAUCGACAAGUUCAUCGGCGAUGGCAAUGACUACGAUCCAAACCGUGGAAUCUACUAUGAGAAAAGCUCAGCAACAAAUGUUCUGUUAGUUGCACAUACAAUAACUAAGUCGACAACAGACGCAGACUCUGGACGCUACAGAAUUUUCAUCAGCCUAACAAGAAGCUUUUGGGAUAGACAUGAUACAGUUGUUGAAGUUCGCGUUGUUUCGAGACCAGACAUGAAAGUGUUCUUGCCGGCAGCAAAGGUGCUCCAACGAGAGGUUGGCGGUGUGCGAACAUAUUUCGUUCCACCCAACGUUGGCAGUUCAGCCGUGCUGCUUUGCAACAUGCGAGCUGGCAAUGCUACAGACAUUGAACUAUGGCGGGACAAUACUGCCAUCAAGCCGUCUCUGACCCAGCGGGAACUGGCAGCAGUACGUAACACAACAUGUACCGACUGCCUGGCACAGUCCGCUGUCGUGUCCGUGCAAGGCCCUGAGGAUGGCAUCAGCGGCUCCACGUACGCCUGCCGUGUGCGACAGCACGGCACCCUAUUUCAAGCGUCAGUGAAGCUGAUUCAAUUAUACCCGCAGACAAUUACCAGCAACAAGGAACUGCUUCUAGUGGAAAUCAACACCACAGUGAUCCUAGCUGAUGUGGCCAUAACAGGCUUUCCCCUGCCCGAGAUUCAAGUGACGCUGCCAGAUACACUGCCAAUCGGCGAUGGAAUCGACUUCACAUACCGUCUCCACCCAGACUCACAAUCCAAUGUCAGCGUUCGCCUAGAUAACUACUCAACGAUCCUUCUGGAGUACACCGUGAGCAAGAGCGUCCUGUACACGGCAACGGUGACGGGGAAGCUCGUCUCACCGCUGGGAACACCGUCGGAUGGUGAUCACCUUGCUGGCAACUACACAUUUAGCAUUCUCAAUCGUGUUCUCGGCAAUGGGCCUAGUCAGGUGGUGAUCACACUUGAAUCAGAAACCUUCAUAGUUCACGAAAACGUUUCGAUUGAUGUUGAGCGGCUAUCGAGCAGAGCGAUUCGAUGUGAGUUGAGUCAUGAAGUCUACUGGCCAGUCACCUGGAAAUGGUUCACGAAUGGAAGCAGUGCACUUGAAGAAUCGGCUAGCGAGCAACCCCUCCUGACCAGCUAUGGGUUAUCGUCACUGCUCCAGCUCUCGCACAAACAAGUACACGACCUUCGCGAGGCCCAGGGCAGCGUGCUGUGCCGAUCUCAGUGGAGAGACUGGAAUGGCAUAAUGGGAGACACUGAGGCCGUGGCUUUUGUACCUUCAGAGGAGGAGCCUUCCUUGGAUCCAAACAUCACUCUAGGCGUGCGGCUGAACCACACCGACGAUGGUCUGGACAUGCACUGCUACUUGGAGGCACGACUACCAGCAGCAGAUAGUGGUGACGUGCAGUGGUGCUGGAAGAGCACGGCCAGUGAGGUGGUGAGUGCAGGCAUGCGCUGGUCCAGCACUCUGUUCGUGCCCACCACACAGCUCAACGUGCUCCGGGCGCUAUCGCGGAAUGUCACAUGCUCGGUGUCCUGGCUGGACCCUGAUGGAUUCCAACACUGGCAAACAAAGAUUGCCUAUCACCCCAUAGAAGAAGGUAAAGAGAAGGAAGUGGGCAAGCAACGAGACUCGAACGUAACUACCCUAAAAAUGGCGAUUGACAGUGCAGUGAGUCCAGAUGAAGUCCGAGGUUUUGCUUCAAAGCUGCAGCAGUUAUCUGCCACAUCGCCAGGUGAUCUGGUGACUGCUAACGGCGCCUCACUCCUCGCGUCUCUGGUGAAUAAAUCCAUCCAGGCUCAGGUUGAGUCCGUCGGCAAUGGAUCAGGAUCGGAGUUUGUAAACACGGUCACACGCAAUGUCGCCACAACCGUUAGCAACCUGAUGGAGAACGUUCCUCAAGACGCUCCAGGCAAUGCCCCGCUGUCCAAAGCAACAGUCAUAAUCCGCAUAGCGUUGGAAACGUUAAUGGAGGCUACAGCCGUCUCUUUCCACACGCCAUUCCAAGUAUCUUCUCCAAACCUAGCUCUGAGUUGCCAUUGCCCGAGCCAGUCUUACUCUCAGCUCUCCGUUUCUGAUGAAACCAGCAACGACAAUCAUUCAUCACUUACGAUUUUAUCGGAGAGCAAUGGCGAGCCAAGCAUCUUGGCAGGUGUGCGUGUUCCACCGCUGAUGCGAUCAUCCCCUACGAGUGAUCCGGAAAGCCAAAGUGACUGUGGGCAAGCUUCGCCUGUGGAGAUCAUUGCCUAUCGGACUCCUAUGCUAUUCCGUCCCAGUGGUGAAGACCUUAAGCCGGGAUCUCCAGCACCAGAGGCUAUCCAAAGUGUUGUGCUGAGCGUCAAGUUUCGUGGGCAUGACCACGUGGACCUACCUGGCAACCCGGUCCAGUUGAACUUCACACAUAAAGACAUAGGCGGCACGCACCGCGCUAUGUGUUCCUAUUGGCAUGAAAACACCGAAUCAUGGAGGCAGGAUGGCUGUCGGGCCAUCUCGUCCGGCAAGAAUCCAGGAAUGACAAGCUGCGAAUGCGAUCACUUGACCAACUUCGCCCUGCUGUUCGUUCGUGAUGAUGUCAUCACAUCCGAUGGGCAUGGCAACGCAGGCAGAGCCCUGACGAUCAUUACAUUCGUAGGCAGCGCGCUGAGCAUCAUCUGCCUUCUGGCCACCGUUUUCAUUAUCCUCUACUUCAAGAAGCUUCGCACCAAGCCGUUCCAGCAGACAGCACUGCAGCUAUCUCUGGCACUCAUCCUGAAUACCGUGCUGGUUCUGCUGGUGAUGCAGGGACGAGACGAGAACGUGCUCAGCGCCGAGAACGACAGCCUGUGCACCGCUCUGGCCGUGGUAAUGCACCUCAGCUUGCUCGUGGUGUUCGGCUUGAUGGCAGCGGCGGCGGUACAUCUGUACCUGAUCAUCGUGAAGACUAAACACGACCAGCGCACUGUACGCCUAGUCUAUGCCCUUGCCUAUGGUACCCCAUUCAUCAUCGUUGCUUUUCCAGCUGGCAUAAGAAGACUUGACGCCUACGGCUCGGAAAAGCUAUGUUGGCUAAAGGAUAACAGUACAUUUUACACCACCGUUGUAACACCGCUCUGUGGCAUGCUGGUGUUUAACUGCAUCAUGCUGACCAGUAUUUCCAAGCACCUGUACCACGUACGCAAGAACCUCAGCUCUCAGAAGCAGGGGCGCGAGAUCAACUUAGUUACCGUGGUGAUAUCCAUGUCGGUGGUGAUUGGCCUGGCUUGGAUCAGCGGCGUGUUGCUUGUGAUCCAUAACACUGUUGCGACGCAGUACAUCUUUACUCUGCUCGUGAGCACACAAGGCUGCCUCAUGUUCGCCGUCCACACGGCACGAUCCCCCGACGUUCGUCAGGAACUGCUCAAGUCGGUUCACUCGUCCACCGCGUCUUCCGCCUUGUCCACAAAGCGUCGCCGCGGGUCCAAGGGGAAAGGGUCCAGUAGCACGCCUACAUCCUUUGUCCUGGAUCACAUCCGCAGUUUGUACCUGUUCAGCCGACGCAGCUCUGCGACACUUUCCCAGCCAACCAGUAGCAAUGUUUGAGAGUACAGUCAGUGCAGUGUGCACUGGUACUGCUCGGAGCCCAGUCCAGUAUAUCGAGUGCUGGGUCUUACAGGUCAUGGGACAUCAGUAAGUACUUACACAACUGUUACUGCGUCUGCUUGGCCUCCGACUGCAUGUUGGCAUACCAGUCCGCUGAUCUUGGAUAUACAGUACAUGCACUCCGGCAAUAAGUUUCAUAUCUUUUUUGUGCUUGGAUGUCCAUUAUACUUUAAAGCACAGUAUGCUGAAUACUCCAUCAAUUCUCCCUGACGCUAAUCUGCAUGUUGUCAUACAAAUCAGCUGAUCUUGGAUAAACAUUACAUGUACAGUGGUAAUAAUAAAUUACAAAUCAUUUUUUGUGUAUGGAGGUACUUUAUGCUUUUAAAAGCAUCACAGUAAGCUGCGUUUUCCAGCAAUUUCCCCUGACAAGUCUCACGAUGACAUUAUGUGUCCGCUGGGGUUUUCAAUCCAGUGCUUCAUCUUAUGCGCUUACGGCUAAAGUUGGAAUGAACAAAAUAUUUCAUUCCAGCCGAAAUUGCCCAAUUCACGGCAGGGGAAAGCCAAUUGCCACAAGCUCGUGGCUGGCUAUGUAUGAUCUAUGUUAUUCCCUUAUCAUGUCAGGUACACGGCCUCGUGUUCCCACAACUAAAUUGUCUAAACUAAUUUGCCUCCUUCCCCAAGCGGGUUUUUGUUUAUCUUGGACAUGAUUUUGCCCCCCCCCCCCACUUCCAUCUAAUAUGCCACCGCCCCCGCUGUGCAGCAUCUGAUGGUUCUGUGGUAUUCAGUAAAAAAAUAAUAAUAAUGAUUUAAAAAAAUUUCGAUGUUACCUUUUGUGUCAGAGUUGUAGCUGAACUUCUCAUACAUGCGCAAGAAUACCAAACAUCCAUGAUGAUCUUCUUUGCUUCAAUACAUUUCUGCAAAAAAAUCAUUUCUUUUCUUCACUUCUUUUUGAAUGAUGCUUUGGCUUAAUCUGCAAGUUCCAUUUCGGUCUCGUUUCGUGUAUUUUCAGCACAGUAUUUGUAUGGGUCUGAUCAGAGUGUUUCCAAUCAAAAGUUUUACAUUUCA